AGAAGAGUUCGAUGUAAUAUUAGAAAAUAUUUAUUUGAUGCGGAUGAGUUAAUUUUGUUGUGGCCAAUUAAGUGAGUAAUGUGUUGAAGUUGUUUAAAAAUUCAUAACCAAUAAGGAUUGCUAAAUUAGUUUUGAAAUUGAUUUAAGGGUAGCAGAUGGAUUUUACUAAGCUUAAAUCGAAUUAUUACUUUCUUGAUGAUAAAGCAUACACAGAAGAUGACCUACUCGUCUAUAAUGUCACAGCUUAUCAACUGCAUGGCAAAGUCACCGAAGUGGAACUUAACAAAUACUUUUCACAAUUCGGUGAUGUGCUCAAAGUAUUUCUUAAGCGUGAUAAAUAUGCCACCGGUACUACGGAACCGCCAAUAGGCAUUGUGCAUUUUGCACAUCCAUUAGCAGCUGCAAGAGCCCUGCAGCGUUCCAGCCAUGAAUUGCAGAAGAAGCGUUUCUUUGUCAACGCUUGCGAGAGUUGGGAACAACCUGAAGCGUAUAAUGGUGGUGUUGAUUUCAAUACACGCAUAGCUGCACUCAAUCUAAAUGGCGAUUUAAUAGAUUUCUACACACCGAUGCGUACAAAUAUAUUGCAGUUGAAUGAUGAAUGUUUGGAAGCAAUAUGCUGUUAUCUGCCAUUACGCGAUCAAAUACGUUUUUCACGCGUUUGUCGUCGUUUUCGUGAUAUUUUCAAGUAUACCUGUAAAAAUACUUCAAAAGUUUUCAAUAUGAAUCAAUUAAUCGGCAUGACUUUGUGGGAUAUACGUGAACUUUUUCAAAUGGCUGGCGCUAAUAUUGAAGAAUUGAUUGGUGCAGUGCCUUAUAAUUAUCAAGAUCGCAUAGAUUUCAUAAGUGAGCUUAGUCCGCGUGUGCGACGCGUCGAUCUGAAUUGCAAUAAUGUAGAAUCGGCGAGUUUAUUACGUCUACUCGAACGUUUUCAUGCAGUCACUUAUGUGGAGUUGCACAAUUUUUCGCUAAACGAUAGCUCGGUGCUUGCCUUAAGAAAACUGCCCAAUUUACGUGCGCUCAUACUGGAUCAGAGUUUUGAGUUGACAGGGAAAAAUCUAAGUAAAUUAUAUCAGCUGCACGAACUUAGCCUUUUUGGUUGUGAAAAUCUACAAUCGAGCCAUUUCAUCGAUAUCUGCAAGUGUUUAUUCAAUUUACGUUGCUUGGAUAUACGUCAUUGUAAAAUGCUCACAUCACGCGCUUACACCGAAAUGAUACGUCACUGCCGUCAAUUGGAACAGUUGAAAAUAUCAUGCGAAAAGGAAGUUAACUACGAUUGUGUAGCACAAUUACACUCGCUACGCCAACUUUUGGUACACUCAUUUGGCGCUGUGCGUGAAACUUUUUUCAUAGCACUUUCCGCGCAUAAAACACAGCAACUUGAGAAACUCGAGUUAUCGGCAAGAAACUGUAUCACACACGAACGUGCCAUUUAUCUGUCAAGGCUGCAUCAACUACGUACGUUAAUCUGCCCAAAUAAUGACAAUCUAACCGAUGAGUGUCUCUUUGAAUUUGCUGAACGUCUGUCAAACCUGGAAGAGCUUGACAUAAGAAAUUGUCGUGCGGUAACAAAUAUCGGACUUUUAGUGUUAUUGCGCCGUUGCCCACGACUCAAACUUGUUAAUAUCGAUCAGUGUGAGGGUAUAACGGAUGAUUUUGUAUACGAUGCAUGUGAUGUCGUGAAACAGAGUAGGCGUGAUUGUAUGGAACCGGUGGAAUUUCGUGUUGCAGGCACUAAUGUGCAUGAAAUUAUUGUGGAAGAUUUACCAAAACUCGAAGUGGGACGUUUGCUACGUUUCUCCUUCAAGGAAGAGAGUUCCUAGUGAAGUGCUGACAAAUUUGUGGACUUGCAAGAUUUUUGACCAAAGAAAUAAAGCGUCGACCUGCAUGAGCGAUUAGCAUGCAUAAUAUAUAAAUCAAUACAUACAUAUAAACCUAUGUAUAUGUAAUACGAUAUUCAUGGUAAAUGCAUUUAAAAGACAUUUUAAUUAACACAUUAAGUCAUACAAAGCUAAUAAAUAAUAAACAGAAAUUAAAUUUCAAAAACGCACAACGCACAUAUAAACAGCGAAAUAUGUAUAAAUAUACACAUCCAUAAAAUAUUAUGUCAACACUGGAUCAAAAUUUAAAGACGAAAUGAAUUUACACACACAGAAAAUUGGUUUUGAGUUUUGUUGGAUAUUAUUUUCAAGUUCAACUAAUUGAAUGUAAAAGUGUGCAUAACACCAAUUGAAUCAAAUGCUUAAAUGUAUAAUAUUUUAUUAAAAAGUGAUUUCAUAAAAAAAAAAUGUAAUUCAAAAACAAAAACACGUACUUUAUGUAAUCGUACGUGCCAGAAAACUUAUUUGUAGCUUUAUAUUCAAUUAAACGAUAUUCAUAUAUUUAAUUCAUAUGUAUAUAACUAUUCAGCAUUCAAAAGCGAACAAAUUCAUAAAUUAUGCUCAGAUAUUAAAUUUAAUACGUAUUAAUUAAAAAUUCGAUUGUGAUCCAGCUAUUUCAAGUGCUAAACAAUAUAUAGUAGAUUUAUAAUAAUAAUAAACAAAUCUAUAUUUAGCAACAUUUUAAAGUUAAACCAUAGCGUAUCCGUAAAAAUCGAUACAUUUUCGUAUACUCUUUAAAAGUUGAUACUUUCAUUGCAAAUUUCAAAUCUAAAUAUAUGCAAAAGCCAUAUAUGCAAUAAAACUAAUUAAUAAUACUCUAAAAGCAAAUAAAAAAUAGUAAUAUAAUUAAAACAAUAAUGACAAAUGAAAAACGUUUUAAUUAGCCGCUAUGCAAAAUUUUGAUAUUUUAAAUUAAAUAAAAAUGUAAAAAAAAUGUGCAUGCUCAUACAUACAUACAUACGUAUUUGUUAUGUAGGCAUCAAAUGCAAUUUAGAUAUUAAACAAAUUUUCUGCAUGCGUAUUAUAUAUGUAUUAAAUACAAUUAUCUAUGGUAUUUUACUAGUCAAUAAGUGUUACUCUCUUUUACAAUAUAUAUGUAUGUAUACACAUAUGCGCAUCUAAAUAUUAUAAUUG